AUGGGAGCUUUCAAAGUUUUGAUCGUCGUGACGCUUGUUUUAGCGCCGUGCGCUUUGGCCCGGCCUGGCUACGCUGUGGAUUACUAUGACCAUCCAAAAUAUGCCUUCAACUACGGUGUCACAGAUCAUUCAACGGGAGAUGUUAAGUCACAACAUGAAACUAGAGAUGGUGAUGUUGUAAAAGGUCAAUACUCGUUGGUCGAACCAGACGGCUCAGUGCGAACAGUGGACUACACAGCCGAUCCCGUGAACGGAUUCAACGCGGUCGUGUCAAAGAGUGCGCCGACGGUGCACAAAGCCGUGCCAGUGAUCGCCAAGCCAGUGGUGGUCGCCAAACCAUUGGUUUAUGCACCAGCACCAAUUGGUAACUAUGCCAACGAAAGGCGUUUAGGCAUCAUCCCGCCUGAUGUCGGACUUUGCCGAGGCGGCGAAGGAACCAUUAAACCAUUAGUUGGAGCUAGCCCAAAUCCGUGUAAAGACCUGUUUAAAGCACUCGGAGAAGGUGAUAGCUUUUUCCAUGUUGCUUCUAGCACAUGA